AUGGCUUGCCAGAUCUGCAAUGACCUCCACGGCCAUGGAGACAUUCAAGAUCCAGCCUUGAGGACCAGGCGGAACCAUGAUAUAUCAGGUGUGCCAUGGGACAAGUUCCAAAGCUCUGCAGCCUCUUGUCACACUUGUAGUGUCCUCUUAAUGGGGUGCCGAGGCUGCUUAGCGCAGCAUAAUGUUCAUGAAGCCAACAUCAACCAUUGCGACAUACGAUUCAUUUACAAGUUGUCGUCUGACCUCAAGUACGAUUUUCCGGUCGACGUUGACAAACAAAUUCGAUUUAACAUGACAGAUGGGAGUCGAUUUGAAGUCGAAAUUUUUGCGCUUGAGGGCGAUCCUAUUCGUGAUACAUGGGAAUCGAUACCGACCACAUACAGGACAUCGGAAGGUACUGAUUCGGGUAUUGCUCUUGAAAAAGUCAGAUCAUGGAUUGACAUUUGCCUCGGCGAUUCUCAUGCAUAUUGCGAGUCUCCUGAAAAGCCGACACUUCCAAGCCGGGUACUAGACGUUGAGUACGCCAAAGACAUGAUUCGACUCAUUGAUUCCAGCGGCCAGCACGAAGACUACAUCACUCUCAGUCAUUGCUGGGGCCAAAAACAAAUCAUAACCAGCACAAAUGCAACUCUUUCCCAACGCAAGACAGGGAUUCCAAUGACGAGUCUUUCGAAAACCUUUCAAGACGCCGUCCUAGUCACUAGAAGACUUCGAAUCAAAUACAUCUGGAUUGACUCACUGUGUAUCAUCCAAGAUUCCAAGCUCGACUGGGAAACAGAGUCUGUGAAGAUGGCCGAGGUCUACAGUAACGCUUACUUGACCAUUGCUGCUACGCAAUCACGCAAUGGUGAUGGAGGACUAUUUGUCAACACACCCGACUUCGAGGUCUCUGACUCUGUCUUGCCCACAGUCACGGGUGACCCCUAUCGACUGCUCUUUCGCCGUAGAAUUGACCAUCAUCUCGAGGUCAUCAAUAUCGUCAAUCCAACAGACCGAGGAGAUCCAACAUCCUCCUUUCAUCCUUUACUCACUAGAGCUUGGGUCUACCAGGAACGCAUGCUGUCGACACGCGUUCUGCAUUUCGGCCCCCAAGAGAUAUUCUUCGAGUGUCGUUCCGACCUCUUCUGUGAAUGCGGCCGGAUCAAAUUUCAUGGGUCAUCCGACUCUUCCCCCAUAUCCAUUACCAAACUCUUGCACGCUUCCGCACUUGAUAGCGAGGUUGAUGGGUACGACUGGGUGGAUGUAGCUGGCUAUUUUAUGGCGAGGUUAUGGCGCACUCUGAUCACCUCAUACACUGCGCUUCAUCUCACAAUGACCUCGGACCGUCUACCGGCCAUUGGAGGUCUCGCAAAGCAUAUGGCGGUCAGGCGAAAGUCGUCCUACCUGGCAGGGAUAUGGGAAGAUUCCAUAAACGAUGAUCUUCUUUGGAUCAUACGGACUACCCUCAAAACCCCGAGACCAAGUCCCAGGACCGCACCGACAUGGUCUUGGGCUAGUGUUGACUCGAGCGUCGAUGUGUGGGACGCAGUGUUUGUCUGGGACCCCGACCUUGACUACGAAGAAGAAUCCAGAGGCCUUUUUGAGCACUACAGCACCGUUCUGGACUGCAAGGUAACUCCAUCAGGCGUGGACAAUUAUGGCGGCAUAGCCUACGGGCUCUUGAGAAUAUCCGGCCUCACAAUGGAGGGUGUACUUGAACGAGACACCGUGAUUCGUCACGGGAAGGAGACCGUGGUUCACUAUGUCGUUGUAUCGACCGGGCGGUUCCAUAUCCAUGCUGAUUACGUCUUGGAUAGCCCUGGUCCAGACCAAGUUCUUUCAGGCGCAGAUGUCCUCUGCCUCAGGAUGAGCUUCAUCCAAGAUGGAGCGAGUGACAAUUUCAAGCUCAUUUCACUGGUCCUGAGGGAAAGCAAGCAGCAACGUGGUAAGUUUGAACGGAUCGGAUGCUUCUUCAUCCAGUCAACCACCCCACCGAACGAUUUGCAGAGAAGUAUGUAUGCGGAUGGCAGCGUGCGUUCAGUGGAUAUUGUGUGA